UUGUUCCUGUUGAAGGGUGUGUCUGACCGUGCAUGUACGCGCACUAAAAGAGGAGGUCCCUUCAAGGCAAAGUCAACAUAGUGUGUCUUCAAGCUUGCAGACUACCUCACACAAACUCUUCUUCCUCGAAAACACACUUUUAUCGUCUUUUUUAAUGCAACCAUAUCCUCCAUCGACGUCUCUUGGCUUUGCUACGACGCGCGGCAAUACGGAAGUGAAACCAGAAGUGGCGACCACAGGAAUCUGUUGAUGUAUUUUUUCCCCCACUGCUAUUGAAUAUUUUUUUUCCGCUUGUGUAGUUCCCAUUCCCCUAGCAAACCAUGUACCACAUAGUUAGGAAGGUGUUUUUUACUGACUGCCAAUGUGCAGAUAAUGCGUCUAAAACGUACGAGGAGCUGUUCGCCAAACUGGACACCAACAAGGAUGGAAAAGUGGAUGUUUCUGAACUGAAGGCGGGCCUGGCUGCAAUGGGCAUCCGGGCUGGGAAAGGAGCUGCUCAGAAAAUAGUUUCCUCUGGAGACCAGGACCAAGAUGAAGGGCUUGACUUCAAUGAGUUCUCCAAGUACCUGAUGGAACACGAGAAGAAGCUACAACUAACGUUCAAGAGCCUGGACAAAAACAAAGAUGGCCAAAUAGACUCGAUGGAGAUCAGGCAGUCACUUGCAGAUCUUGGGAUGGACAUCAGUAAGGAAGAGGCUGAAAAGAUCCUUCAGAGCAUUGAUGGAGACGGCACCAUGACUGUGGACUGGAAUGAAUGGAGGAAACAUUUCCUGUUAAAUACAGCCACCAACCUGCAGGAGAUUGUCCGCUAUUGGAAACACACCACGGUGCUGGACAUUGGGGACAGCCUCACCAUCCCAGAUGAGUUUACAGAAGAGGAGAAGACUACAGGUCUGUGGUGGAAGCAACUGUCUGCGGGGGCCAUGGCAGGUGCAGUAUCUCGCACAGGUACCGCCCCGCUGGACAGAAUGAAGGUCUUUAUGCAGGUCCAUGCCUCCAAGAGCAACAAAAUCAGCCUGGUCAGUGGUUUCAAACAGAUGUUGAAAGAAGGAGGCUUGGCAUCUUUAUGGCGAGGAAAUGGUAUUAAUGUGCUAAAGAUUGCCCCGGAGACAGCCAUUAAAUUCAUGGCGUACGAGAAGUAUAAGAAGAUGCUGUCCGGUGAACCAGGGAAGAUCAAGACACACGAAAGGUUCAUUGCAGGAUCACUGGCUGGAGCAACAGCACAAACAGCCAUCUACCCCAUGGAGGUGAUGAAGACCAGGUUAACCCUGAGGAAGACAGGACAAUACUCAGGAAUGUUUGACUGUGCCAAGAAAAUCCUGAAAAAGGAAGGAGUGAAGGCGUUCUACAAGGGCUACAUUCCUAAUAUUUUGGGCAUCAUUCCAUAUGCUGGGAUAGAUCUGGCUGUGUAUGAGAGCUUGAAGAACCUCUGGUUGUCUCGCUAUGCCAAAGAUACAGCCAACCCUGGUGUGCUGGUACUGUUGGGUUGCGGUACCAUCUCUAGUACCUGUGGCCAGCUGGCUAGCUACCCCCUGGCUCUGGUCCGUACCAGGAUGCAGGCACAAGCUUCUCUCGAAGGUGCCGAGCAGCUGCAGAUGAACCAGAUGGUGAAGAAAAUUCUGGAGAAAGAAGGAUUCUUUGGACUUUACCGUGGCAUCUUGCCCAAUUUCAUGAAGGUGCUGCCAGCUGUCAGCAUCAGCUAUGUGGUAUAUGAAUACAUGCGGUCUGGCCUGGGUAUACAGAAGUAGGACACUACACAACUACACACUAUGCAGUCAUUUUCCACAUUUCUGUCCGCACACUAUAGCAUGCAAAUAUAAGUAGACACAGCCAACAUGUUGUCCCUUACAUUUGGCCCUUGCAGCCAAAACUGACAAUACGGUAUUUGGAUGAAUGCUGGGGACAGAAAAUUGAGACAUUAGAAAUAGUUUAUUGAAGAGUUUGAGUCAAGUAUUGUUGAUAGAAAAUGGGGCAAACGUUUACAAACUCUUGAGACCCUAAACUCCUUUCAGUACAAGUAAAUCAUUAAAAAAUUCAAUUUGAUUUUGGAACGACUUGUUUCAAGCAGAAGUGCUUAUGGAGAUUAAAAUUAAUUCCAUAUUAAGACGUUUAACUGUUAUUCCCACCUCUUUUUACACCAUGCAUUUCCUAUGCCGCUUAUCCUCUCUGGUAUGCUGGAGCCUAUCCCAGCUGACAGGCAAGAGGCUGGGUAUGCCCUGGGCUGGUUGCCAGCCAAUCACAGGGCACAUAUAGACAAACAACCAUUCACACUCACAUACCUAUGAACAAUUUGGAGUCGCAAAUUAACCUAGCAUGUUUUUGGAAUGUGGGAGGAAACCGGAGUACCCGAAGAAAACCCACACAUGCACGGGGAGAACAUGCACCCAGAGAUGCCCAAGCAGAGAUUCAAACCUCUUUUUCUACUGAUUAUUUUACUGUUAUACUGAUGAUUAACACUUGUACUUGCCUAAAGUUUGGAGAGACCCAAAAAUAGCUGUCAUCAAAAUUAGUAAAAGAACGCAUUUUAAGAAAUUAAUUCAUGCAGAGCAUAGAUUUCAUGUAGCUCACAUCAAUUUUCAUUGAAAUAUAAAAAAAAAACACAUUAGAUAUGCAAAUUAAUUUAGCUUCUUAAUUACACAAUUCUACAUGAGGGUCCUAUUUUUGCAUUUUUUUUGUCUCUCUUUUUUUCAAGCCACGUUUUGUCUAAUUGUUGAGCAAAAAGCACCUUACAUUCCAAAGUAAGCCAUGACCUAAUAAAACCACAUAGGUUUGUUGUUUUAUUACUUGUUCAAUAUUACCAAAGCAAAACAUGUAUUGUCUACUCUCCUGUCUCCCAAAAUAUUGUGUAAAAUGUUGUUUUUUUGUACCUUGCACCAGAAAGAGGCACCUAUCAUCUUCCACAAGGGCUUUUUAUAAAAUCACCAAACCCUCUCAAUGAAACUGGUCGAUGUAGUCAUGUGCCUUAUAUGUUUGCCUUUCUUUCCCAUAUUUAGAUGUUGGAGUUUACAUUAAUAAAGACAUUUGAGUACAAA